ACCAGCUCCAUGGACUUUACAACACGCUUACAAUACUGUUCAGCAUGGUGGAGAGGAGGGUAACACUGCUGUCGCUACCCUGGAGGUCACUCCACAGUGCACUGAGAUCUGCAAAGGAUCCAUAAGUGGAAGAUCCUGUUCCAAAAUAUGUCUAGUCCGAGUCUAUCCAACAGGACAAAGAGACAAAGCAGUCAAAAUGUAUGCCAUUCUAGAUGACCAGAGCAAUAGGUCUCUAGCCACCUCAACCUAUUUUGACAUAUUCAACAUUAAAAGCCCCAGCUUCCCAUACUCACUAAGGACUUGUGCAGGAUUUGUGGAGACGGCGGGGAGAAGAGCAUCCGGUUUCCAAGUUGAAGCGAUGAACGGCGAGAUCAGCUUGCCCUUACCAACUCUAAUAGAGUGCAAUCAAAUCCCUGAUCACAGAUUUGAAAUUCCUACUCCAGAUGUCGCAAUGCAUCAUGCACACCUAAAGCAUAUAGCCCACCUGAUCCCAGAACUUGACCCACAGGCUAAGAUAAUAUUGCUACUCGGGAGAGACAUUCUACGAGUCCAUAAAGUGAGACAGCACAUAAAUGGUCCUGGCAACGCUCCUUAUGCUCAAAGGCUGGAUCUAGGAUGGGUCUUAAUAGGAGAAGUCUGCCUUGGGAGUGUGCACAAGCCAGAGUCAGUUCAUAAUAUGUUUACAAGCACACUAGCCAGUGAACGCCCCUCACUUUUCCAACCAUGUGUCAACAACUUCCUCAUAAAGGAGCUACCGUGUGCUUCCCAUCUACCUUGUUCCUUUACAGAUGUCUCUAGUGACAGCGACCAAGACCACUUAGGAUGCACUGUCUUCCAAAGGACAAAAGAUGACAAUCAGGUGGCACUAUCUAUCGAAGACAAGCUGUUCUUGGAAAUAAUGGAACAAGAUUUUGUGAAGGACAGCACUGUUGGGUUGCGCCUCUUCCCUUCAGAACUCCAAGGCCACGCCUACCUAACAACAAGGUACAAGUACUUAAACGUUUCUCUUCUCUUAGACGUAACUUCCAAAGAAGGCCGGAGAUGAGAGAACACUUCUUUUCUUUCAUGCAGAGAAUAUUUGAGAACAAUCAUGCAGAGAUUGCACCACCCCUUGAAGCUCAUGAAGAAUGCUGGCACCUCCCAAUUUUCGGAGUAUAUCAUCCCAAAAAACCAGGUCAGAUCAGAGUCGUGUUUGACUCUAGUGCUAAAUAUGAAGGCAUCUCCUUAAACGAUGUACUCCUGACUGGCCCUGACCUAAAUAACAAACUGCUAGGGGUACUCCUCCGUUUCCGCAAGGAUUCUGUCGGUCUGAUUGCCGAUAUCCAACAGAUGUUUCACUGCUUCCUUGUUAGAGAGAAGGAUAGAAACUUCCUCAGAUUCUUCUGGUUUAAAGACAAUGACCCUUUAAAAGAUGUCAUAGAGUACCGCAUGAGAGUACACAUUUUCGGGAACAGCCCCUCACCUGCUGUUGCUAUUUACGGACUCAGACGUUCUGCUCAGGAAGGAGAAAGAGAAUAUGGGUCCGAUACAAGACAGUUUGUAGAAAAAGACUUCUAUGUAGAUGACUGUUUGAAAUCUUUACCUUCCAGUGAUUCUGCAAUCAGUCUCCUCAAAAGAGCCCAAGACAUGCUCGCCUGUUCCAAUUUGAGACUCCACAAGAUUGCUUCAAACAGCAAAGAGGUUAUGGAAGCCUUCCCUACUGAAGACCAUUCCAAUGACCUAAGAGAUUUGGACCUGGGGUCAGAUACUUUACCUGUCCAACGCAGCCUUGGACUUCUAUGGGACUUGAAAUCUGAUACCUUCACCUUUCAAGUUAGCAAGGAAGAAAAGCCUUUCACCCGCAGAGGCGUCCUGUCUGCAAUCAACAGCCUGUAUGAUCCUUUGGGUUUUGUAGCUCCUGUCACUAUCCAAGGUAAGGCCUUGCUUAGAGAUUUAAUCCGUGAAACUACUGACUGGGAUGUUCCAUUAUCCCCUGAAAAGAAGAAUAUGUGGGUAGAAUGGAGAAACUCCCUGACAGCUCUGUCUAGCCUUAAUGUCUCACGCCCAGAAGAUUGGGAAAGUGAGUACUCCUCCUGGUGAGUUCAGCACCAAAGAUCUUUAUAAACGUCAAUGGAGACAAGUACAGUGCCAUCUACUGAUGUCCUUACCCAGAAGAUUGGGAAAGUGAGUACUCCUCCUGGUGAGUUCAGCACCAAAGAUCUUUAUAAACGUCAAUGGAGACAAGUACAGUGCCAUCUACUGAUGUCCAAGACCAUACACUCUGCGUAUUUUCCGAUGCUUCUGUUAAAGCUAUAUCUGCUGUAGCUUAUCUCAGAACCAUGGACACUAACGGACAAUACCACGUUGGGUUUAUCAUGGGCAAGGCAAAACUCGCACCACAACCUGAACACACUAUACCCAGACUUGAACUUUGUGCUGCAGUCUUGGCCGUCGAGAUGGCCGAGCUAAUCACGUCUGAGAUAGACAUUGAUCUUAAAAAGGUUGAAUUCUACACAGACAGCAAGGUGGUCUUGGGUUAUAUCUAUAAUGAAUCCAGACGAUUCUAUGUUUAUGUCAAUAACAGGGUGCUUCGGAUUAGGAAAUCCACCUGUCCAGAACAAUGGCAUUAUGUGCCUACCGACAAUAAUCCUGCAGACCAUGCUACAAGAGCUGUUGCAGCAAGCCGUCUCAAAAACACAACCUGGCUCACUGGUCCUGCAUUCUUACGUAAUCCAGGUUCAGCUGUUCACCAGAACAACAUAUGCGAACUAGUGGACGAAGACUCGGACAUUGAGAUCCGUCCCAAAGUGUCUGCACUUCACACAGUGACAUCAUUCGACUCCCUUGGUUCUCAUCGCUUUAAAAGAUUCUCUACUUGGAAAUCGCUUGUACGAGCCAUUACUUGUCUAGCCCACAUAGCUCGUGCCUUUAAAGAGACCAAUUGUAAUGAUGUUAGGCAGUGUAAAGGCUGGCACCACUGCCAAGAGGUUUACACUGUGACAGAAUUCCAGCAGUCAAAGAAAAUCAUCAUUCACACCAUACAACAUGAAGUCUUUGCCAAAGAGAUUGACUGCAUCACCAACCAUAAGUCUAUCCCUAAAAGUAGCUCUUUAAAAAAGCUUGACCCAUUCCUGGACGAGGACGGUCUACUGAGAGUCGGAGGUCGUCUUAAGCAAGCAAGUCUCGAGCUCAAGGAAAGAAACCCUCUGAUAAUUCCUGGGAAUCAUCACGUUACUACUUUGAUUGUACAAUACUAUCACAACCAAGUGAAGCACCAAGGAAGACUGUUUACGGAAGGAGCUCUACAUACUGCUGGAUUGUGGAUAGUUGGGGCAAAGAGACGUGUGAGUAGCAUUAUCUUCAAAUGCGUCAUGUGUCUUAAACUUCGUGGUAUGUUACAGACACAGAAGAUGGCAAAUCUACCUGUUGAUAGACUCAGUAUGGAUCCUCCUUUCACCAACGUUGGAUUGGAUGUAUUUGGACCCUGGUCGGUCACAACACGUCAAACUAGAGGAGGCCAAGCAAACAGCAAACGCUGGGCAGUCUUAUUCACGUGUAUGACCAUCAGAGCUGUUCACAUUGAAGUCAUCGAAUAGAUGGAUACCUCAAGCUUUAUCAACGCUCUUAGACGUUUUAUUGCAAUCAGGGGUCCUGUAAAGCACAUUCGCUCUGACAGAGGUUCCAAUUUUGUUGGAGCAGCUAAAGAACUACAGAUCUCCUCCAAUAUUGGUGGCAAGAGUGUGGAGAGAUACCUGAGAGACCAGGAUUGCACUUGGACUUUUAACCCACCUCACUCCUCUCAUAUGGGUGGAGCUUGGGAGAGGAUGAUUGGUAUAGCCCGCAGAAUCCUGGAUUCCAUCUUCUUACAAGUAGGAACUGCUAGACUCACUCAUGAGAGCCUUGUAACCUUCAUGGCUGAAGUCACAGCCAUCAUCAAUGCUAGACCUUUGACUCCAGUUCUGAGCAAUCCAGAGGAACCAUUCCUUCUCACUCCUGCAACCCUCCUUACCCAGAAGAUUGGGAAAGUGAGUACUCCUCCUGGUGAGUUCAGCACCAAAGAUCUUUAUAAACGUCAAUGGAGACAAGUACAGUGCCUUGCCAAUACAUUUUGGGACAGGUGGAAGAAACAGUACAUAUCCACUUUACAACCACGGAACAAAUGGCAAACUGUCAGGCCCAACCUGAAACUUGGGGAUGUUGUUCUUCUAAAGGACAGUCAGUUGCAAAGAAAUGAGUGGCCCCUGGGACUUGUCACAAAGACAUUUCCAAGCGAGGAUGGGAAUGUCCGUAAAGUGGAAGUAAAGGUCUGCAGAUCACAAGAGACCAAGCUGUUCCUUAGACCAGUGUGUGAACUCAUUCUCCUGUUAUCUCCUGAUGACUGAUAGUGGUAUUAAUCAAUACCAGACGGGGAGUGUCAUGUCUCCAUACAGCUUCUCAUAAAUGUGUGCUAAUUCAUAUAGGGUUUGUCCUGUAUUAAAACAUUGUCAAUUAGCGCCAUCUUCUGACCACUUCCAUAUUGUUCUCUGUGUAUGUUCAGCCUCUUUUGUUACUCCUCCCCUUUGUGACCUCACUUAUCUACAAGAAGGGGAGUAGUCUUCUAGAAGUUGCCAUCUUUCUUCACAUGCUCUGCUGUACAAGAUUAUCUAAACUUCUACUAUAGGCUGCAUAGCCGGUAAGGCAUUAUUUCUUGCUGUUCUUUCAUACCUAUGUGAUUACUACUAGCUAUAGACAUGCAUUAUGUGUAUUUCUGUGUAGGCAGCUAGUUAGCAGUUCAGAUGUAAAGUAAGGGCCUAGUCAGCUACCCCUUGCAGACAUGUUGUAUGCUCUUCUAUGAUAUGUAUCAGACAUGUUGUAUGCUAUUCUAUGAUAUGUAUAUUUGCAGUUCAUGUACUUAUUGCAUUCUUUAUGUUACUGGUUCACAGUUUCACACCAACUUACUUCGGCUCAUUAAAGCUACAGAUCAUUACCUGGUCUCAAUUUACUGAGUAGUAGGAGGGUGUUUAUCUGCCUGCCAAGUCCAUACACACCCCAGGGGUACACGUGGUAACGAGGACAGGACAAUUCUUUAGAUUUGAAAUCCACAUCAAGAAGCGAUCUGUCUCUGUGAGGAAACCACUCCUGGGUAGUCACAUGCAGAUUAACCCAACUCAGUGUAGGCUGCUAUAAUUACCCAAGCUACAAAUCCAUGGUGUCAGGCUUGGAUUUUUGCCACGGAUUCCAAGGCAAAUCCGUAUUGUAAAUGACAUGGACAUAACCUUACUGCUUCCCUAACUCUGCGCAGACAGAAAACCAUCGGCAAAUGAGCACUUCUGAGCACGAGCACUGUGGAAGAAGUGGUUAAAGUGCACCAGAAGAACAAUCCAUAUUAUACAAGGUUUGCUUCUGCAGCGAUGCCGAAAACUAAGAACAAAAUAAUUGAGCCCCUAGAUGAAAUUGCAAACAAGGGAGAAUAAUAGUUGACCCUUCAAACCAGAUGAAUCCACUGCGAAUGAUGAUGGAAAUGUUGAAAAUACAACCCGCUACCAGCAACAGUUAUGUGGAUUUCUGUUUCAGAUUUCGAGAAAAGGGACCUGACAGCUUCUUACGAGGAGAAGACAUUGUGUAGUUCUGCAGGAAAACACUGAAUUAAUGACUAUGGUGGGAGCCUCAUUAUGGACAAUGAGCAGAUUGAUGGUUUAUGUUGUCUAAGCAGUAAUGUUUUACCACAAAACACUUUUAACUGUUUUAUGACCAGGUUCACAGGUAGAAUUUAAAGUGGUUUUCCAGCCCCUUUCUCCUACCCAAUCUGACAUCAGAUAGAAAGAGGCACUGCUAACUGCCAGAUCAGACAUAGCCAAGAAGCCAGUUCAACGUGAAGCAGGUAUUGCAUGAUACUUACUGAACAUUGUCAGCUGUCCCAACACAUCUCCACUGUAACAAUGAAGAAUUGGACUUAACCCAUAGCAGUCACCUUUCCAUGUUCUGACAGUGUUGCGUGAUACUAGAAACCCCUAGACGUCUAGUAGAGCUGAAUUGAACAUAACAUAUAUGAAGCAAGUAUCAACACUGGAAGACAACAAAGUACUGAAAUAAACUCAUCGAUAGAUGGCAAGAACUGAAUAAUGAUAUCCACAGAGGAAGGAGAUUGGAGCUGACAGAAGAUGGUAAUGGUAUACAGCUUGAUUGUGGAUGAAUGACCGUGAACAGAAAUGAAGCCAUUCUGAACUGACCAUGCUCUGAAUACCAUCAAGGAGCAUAGCCAAGACAAGUCAACAGCUCAGCAACAAAAUUCAAAGCACAACAGUGAAAGCUCAUAGGACUACAGAUCCCGGAAUACACAGAUAACACAUUAGACUACAACAAGAUGCCAAAAAUCUGGAAAGAAAUAUAUAUAGCGUACACUAUUCCCAGCAAUAAAAAUGACAUAAGGACUGGACAAAUAAAGGCUAAACAAUCAACAUGUCCACAAAAUGUUUCCUUGCCUUGAACACCAGAUUCAAAAAGUGAAUUUGAAUGAUUUUUUUUUUGACCACUCCAAUUCAUUAUGGCAUUACAAAAAUAUUGCCUCUCAUUUAGGCAAAAAUGCAAAGUGACUGGUGCUAGGCUGAGGUAGGCUAUGAAUACCUUCAUUCCACCAUGCUCUUGUCCCAUCCACAACCUCUGCCACCCACACCUGAUUUACUUUAGAGGACAUCUGCACAUUAAUCAUUUUAGGCAUCUCAUUUUUAUUUUUUUUGUUGAAUGUCAUCUCUCAUUAAAGAAUAUUUUAUAGCAUAAAUUGAUUAACCAUUGUCAUACAAUUUAAUGCUGUUCCACAAAGAAAAGUAAGGUAGGAAGAGCUACUGUUUACUGACC